AUGUACGUUAAUUUUGAAAUUCGUUAUUUUAUGUUUUAUGUUGUUACUUAUUGGAUGGUAGUUAGCGUAGCACGUGUUGACUGCGUGGUCUAUCACGUCUCGUGCUUUUUAGUAUGGGAUUCGUUUGCUCCAUUUGUAGCACCGCUAAUUGGGCCUGCCAUGCAGAUAGCACGCGAUCAAAUUAACGCUGAUACCACGUCUUUCCCCAACAUCACGCUUAAUUUCACCAUUCACGAAACUGGUUGCACAGACGAUGGCAAGCUUUGUCUACAGGAAGUCAUAGACGGAGUGAUCUACAACGAAGUAGCUGGAAUUAUUGGUCCACCGUGCUCCAAUUCAGCGGAAAUAUGUGGUCUGUUAGCCGCUCACUGGAAUGUCCCUAUGAUAUCGUACGUUGCAAGUUCCGAGACACUUUCAGAUAAAACUAAGUACGAGACUUUUAGUCGUGUGUCAACGCCGGUAUCGAAGGACGUACAGGCAUUGGUGGAAUUUGUUAGUUCUAAUAGAUGGCGUCACGUCGGACUUAUCAGAAGCGACACCAGUUGGGCAGACAUUGUUUAUCGGAAUAUUCAAACCCAACUACACUCACGAAAUAUCACUAUGAUAUCUGAAUAUAUUGAUGAUUAUUCAAACAUCGCUGCGAAAGUUAAGUAUAUUACCAGACGAGCUAGAGUCAUCCUUCUGGCAACACAUAGUAGUGACACAAACGCGAUCGUCGACACUUCUUAUAAGCUUGGAUUGACCCAAACAGGGGAGUAUCUGUUUUUAUCUCUCGACACCACAUCGUCAUACUUUAUAGUGAGUAAAUAUGCAGCCAACCUUUAUGACGCCGUCUGGCUGUAUGCAUCCACACUACAAGAGGUGAUUUCACACGGUGAAGACCCAUACGAUGGACGUAAUUUUAGAGUCAGGAUGAAAGAUGUCGUGUUUGAAGGCAUGACUGGCAGAAUAACUAUUGACGACAAUGGAGACCGAAAUCGAGAUGUCGUGUUGUACACCUUAAAUGAAGAUGAGUUUUUUGAAGUCACUGCUUUGUUUGACGCACAACUUUCUAUAUGGAAUCUAGUUCCAGGAAAGGAAAUCAAAUGGCCGGGGGGAAAAACAUCACCACCAGUAGAUAUUCCCGAGUGUGGUUUCUUCAAUGAGUUAUGCGAAGAAGAACCUUUAGAUACAACUAUGAUUAUCACGAUGUCCAUAGUUAUUUUCAUUUUACUCGUUGUGGCGAUUGUAUUUAUCAUCUAUUUGUAUCGGAGGUAUUUAUUUGAACGCGGAAUUAUGAGUACAACAUGGAAAAUUAACUACGAUGAAAUAGUGAUCCAUCCAAUGGCAAAGUCAUUGCGUUUUAGUCGCCUUCAACGCAUGUCAAGGAGUAUGUCAGUGAGUGAGAUCAGUAACGGUAUUGCUGGCACUCGUCAAGUGUUCACUAUGACUGGACAAUACAUGGCAGAAACUGUUGCUGUCAGAAAAGUAUUCAAGACAUCUAUAAACUUAGACAGAGCCCAACUAUUAGAACUUAAGAUAAUGAGAGAAGUACGGCACGAGAAUCUGAAUCCUUUUAUUGGUGUGUGUAUUGAUAAUCCAAACAUCUGUAUUGUAACACAAUAUUGCUCAAAGGGCAGUUUACAGGAUAAUCUUGGAAAUGAUGCGAUAAGAUUAGAUUGGACGUUUAAAAUGUCAUUUGCGUACGACAUCUCUUGUGGAAUGCACUACUUGCAUAAAAGUGUUAUACGUACACACGGUCGUUUAAAAUCAUCUAAUUGUUUGGUCGAUGGGCGAUGGGUUGUUAAGCUCAGUGAUUAUGGAUUGUGGAAUUUUCGGGCCAAUCAACAAACACCAAGUCUUGGCGAACAUGCUGAGUAUAUGGGAAAAUUCUGGACAGCACCUGAACUAUUACGCAAUCCAUAUAUCAUGGAUAAAGGAACUCCAGAGGGAGAUACCUAUAGUAUGGGCAUUAUACUUCAUGAAAUUGUUACCCGAGCUGAACCCUAUCAUUAUUACUGCGAAAUGACACCUAAAGAGGUAAUAGAUCAAGUGAAAGUAGCAAGAAAUCCACCAUUCCGACCGGAAGUACCUUCAGAAAUGCGUUCAACCGAAAUACACAAGUUGAUGGUAGCCUGUUGGGAUGAAAAUCCCGAACGUAGACCAGAUGUUAGCAAAAGCAAAAUAAACUUAAACAUUUCUUUCAGGAGCAUCAUGGACAACAUGGUCGCCAUGCUGGAGAAAUACGCUAACAACUUGGAGGAUAUUGUAACAGAACGAACAUCUCAGUUAUCAGAAGAGAAGAUGAAAACAGAUCAAUUGCUUUACAGAAUGUUACCUAAACCCAUAGCAGAUGACUUAAAGAUGGGAAAAACAGUCGAGGCUGAAAACUAUGAAGGCGUCACUAUAUUUUUCUCAGACAUAGUGGACUUCACUAAGCUGUCAGCUGCUAGUACACCGAUACAGGUUGUACGAGUGUUGAACGAUCUGUACUCUCUCUUUGAUAGUAUCAUCACCAACCACGAUGUGUACAAGGUAGAAACUAUUGGCGAUGCAUAUAUGGUAGUUAGUGGGCUACCCAUACGUAAUGGUAAUCGACAUGCUGGUGAAAUAUGUACAAUGGCGUUAUAUCUACUGAGUGCUACCACCACAUUUACUAUUAGACAUAUGCCAGAUGAGAAAUUGAAGCUACGAGUUGGAAUUCAUUCAGGCCCAUGUGUUGCUGGCGUUGUUGGACUCACAAUGCCAAGAUAUUGUCUUUUCGGAGAUACAGUAAAUACCGCAUCACGAUAUGAAUCCAAUGGCAUUGGACUUCGUAUACACAUUAGUGGUGAGACAGUGUCAUUGUUGAAUAUGCUAGGUGGUUAUUUAGUAAAGAAACGGGGCGAAGUGUUCAUGAAGGGUAAAGGAAACCAGCUUACGUAUUGGUUAAUUGGGAAAGAUGGAUUCGACAAACCACUCCCUGAUGUAGACCAGCCAUUCUUCUGA